AUGGCUUCGCGCUCCACCCUGGUCGACCAAGAUGGUUGGCAUCAGGGAGUUCUGGAGGGGAUGACCGGUAGCGUUACCGACGGCUGGAAGCAAGGAGAAGCUGCUAGCUGCACCAGAUCGACAUCGACGCGGUCACUGCACAUCGCAACGCGCCGACUGCCCAUCAGAGGACCUCGGGUCACAUCACCAUUGUUGUUCGCCUUCGACGCGACCGACGGAGGUGACAGUGACAGGGCUAGUUCACCACUUUUUUCCCAGGAUCUCGGUUUCUUCGGCGAUUAUGAUGGGAGGGAUGAAACCAUGGGGACCCAUGAAGGCGUCAAAGGUGGCGGAGAAUCCUUUGCUCUCCCUUCAACAACGCCCCAAGAGAUGGACAUUGCAUCCUCCGGAGAGGAAUCAUUUGUAUUCAACUCUCAGUCCCCGCCGUCCUUCGACAUGGGAAGUCAGAAAAAAAUCGAAGACCUCGUUUUGGAGAUCAGGCAAGACUUGAUACGAGACUUCGUCUCCUACAGAGGAGGGAUGAACGUACACACUCCUCAGAGCUCGCAAGAAUCACCCACAAGCUCCAACGGCGGAAUCCAGGCCACCUCGGGGUCUUGUUCAUCGAACAAGCAGGUGAACAAUGUGCCAGGGUCGUCCGGAAAGGGCAAACGCCGAAAAGUCGACGGCGAUGAUGAGUCAAGAAAGCCACAGAGACCGCGCAUCGAGAGUCCCAUCCUGGAAGAUCUUGAUGCAGAAGGUCUUCUUGCCUGUCCCUAUGCGAAAUAUGAUCCAAAUAGAUAUUCGGAAAUGAACCCCAAUCUGCAUGAAAAGGCGUAUCGUCGAUGUCGAAGUGUAUGCUUGACAAGCAUCCCCCGACUGAAGCAGCAUCUUUACCGGGUCCAUCGGCGGCCGGAAUAUUUUUGUUCGUCCUGCUAUACCGAAUUCGAGUCAGAAAGCGACGGCAAGCUUCACGCGCGGGCAAGGCCAGCUUGUGAUUUGAAAGACUGUCCCUUUGAGGAGAAGAUGACCCACGAGCAGUAUAAAGCAGUCAAGCGCAGGAAGAUGUGCAAAGACACCACGUCGGUGUGGUAUGGAAUCUUCGACAUACUCUUUCCCGAUGCGCAACGUCCAGGCACCCCGUAUGUCGAGGAUGCAAAUUCCCCGCCCAUAAAGCAAUAUGUCAGAGAUUACAGUGUCUAUCUCAAAGACCAUCUACCCCAGAGGUUGUCUGAAAUAAUGGGUGGUCCUCUCUUUAACGCGGAUCCCAUGAUGUUUCAGUGGCUUCUCAAUAUGGCCCUGGAGGAGACAUUGCCAACGGUCCUGUGGGAGUUGCAUGAUACAUACCAAACACUGGGAUCUGUGGAAGGCGCCAAGGUCUAA